AUGUUUUCAUCAUCUUUAAGGUCACUGCGCGCAGUUCGUGCAGAGCGUAUUGUUCCUAAACUGCGGCAUCUCGCAGCAACUAAACCCUCGGUUCCUCUCGUGUUUUCGGCAACACGAUCCUUCAGCAAUGCUGCCCGUCUCCUUGAUGCUGAAAAGAUUGACGGCAAAGCAAUUGCAAAGUUGAUCCGUGAAGAAGUCCACACUGAAAUUGAUUCAUUGAAAGCUUCCACUCCUUCUUUCAAGCCUAACCUUGUCAUUAUUCAAGUGGGAAGUCGUCCUGAUUCUUCUGCUUAUGUUCGUAUGAAGCUUAAGGCUGCUAAGGAGGCUGAUAUUCUUUGCGAGCACCGUAAUCUUCCUGAGGAUAUUACCGAGGCUCAACUUUUGCAUCACAUUGAAAAGCUCAACGAUGAUCCUUCAGUUCAUGGUGUUUUAGUUCAGCUGCCUCUUCCUAAAUCAAUCAACGAAACCACUAUUACCAAUGCUGUUAUCACUGAAAAGGAUGUUGACGGUUUCGGUCCCAUCAAUGUUGGAGAGCUUGCUAAGCGCGGCGGCUCCCCCCUCUUUGUUCCUUGCACCCCCAAAGGUGUUAUGGUCCUUCUUGAGCGCUCUGGUAUUGAUCUUCGUGGUAAGCGUGCAGUUGUGAUUGGCCGCUCUGACAUUGUUGGAAACCCUGCUUCGUAUCUCUUGCGUAACGCCGAUGCUACUGUCACUGUCUGCCACAGCAGAACACAAAACCUCCCUGAUGUUGUUCGUGAAGCUGAUGUUGUCGUUGCAGCCAUUGGCAAACCAGAAUUUGUCAAGGGUGACUGGAUUAAGCCUGGCGCUAUCGUUAUUGAUGUUGGUAUCAAUUAUAUUCCUGACGCUACCAAGAAGUCUGGAAAGCGUCUUGUCGGUGAUGUUGAAUAUGAAUCGGCCGCCAAGGUCGCCUCCAAAAUUACACCUGUUCCAGGUGGUGUUGGUCCAAUGACUGUCGCCAUGCUUAUUAAGAACGUUUUGGACUCAGCAAAGCGUUCUCUUGAUGCUGAGUCUCACCGUCAUAUUACUCCUCUUCCCCUUGAGCUUAAGACUCCGGUUCCUUCUGAUAUCGCCAUUUCUCGUGCUCAAGAACCCAAGCAUGUCCGUGCUGUUGCAAAGGAGAUUGGUAUUACCGAGCACGAGUUUGAGCCUUAUGGAGCUUACAAGGGCAAGGUCAGCCUUGAUGUUCUCGACCGUCUCAAUGAUAGAAUCGAUGGUAAAUAUGUCCUUGUAGCUGGUAUCACCCCUACUCCCCUUGGUGAAGGAAAGUCUACUACUACCGUCGGUCUGGUUCAGGCUCUUGGUGCUCAUCUCAAUAAGAUGGCCUUUGCAACUGUCCGUCAACCCUCCAUGGGCCCUACUUUUGGUAUCAAAGGUGGCGCUGCUGGCGGCGGCUACUCUCAAGUCAUUCCCAUGGAUGAGUUCAAUAUGCAUUUGACAGGUGAUAUUCAUGCUAUCUCAGCUGCCAAUAACCUUCUUGCCGCUGCCAUCGACACCAGAAUGUUCCACGAAAACUCACAGAAGGAUGCUGCCCUUUACAAGCGCCUGGUUCCUGCAAAGAAUGGUGUCCGCAAGUUUACUCCUAGCAUGCUCCGCAGAUUAAAGAAGCUUGGUAUUGACAAAACCGACCCUAAUUCACUUACUCCCGAAGAAAUCACUAAGUUUGCCAGACUUGACAUUGACCCCGAUACCAUUACAUGGCGCAGAGUUGUUGACUGUAACGACAGAAUGCUUAGAACUAUUACCAUUGGUGAGGGCAAGGCCGAGAAAGGUCAGACCAGAGUCACUGGCUUUGACAUUUCAGUCGCCAGUGAGUGCAUGGCCAUUCUUGCGCUUUCUUCUUCCCUUAAGGAUAUGCGUGAACGCCUUGGCCGGAUGGUUGUCGCUAGCAGUAAGCAGGGUGAACCCAUUACCUGCGAAGAUAUUGGCGCCGGUGGUGCUCUUACUGCUCUCUUAAAGGAUGCUAUUAAACCCAACCUCAUGCAAACUUUAGAGGGAACUCCAGUGUUUGUUCACGCUGGUCCAUUUGCAAACAUCAGUAUCGGUGCUAGCUCUAUCCUUGCUGACAAGAUUGCUCUCAAACUUGCCGGUACCCACGAAGGUGAGAAUAGAAAAGAGAAAGCUGGUUACGUUGUUACUGAGGCUGGUUUCGACUUCACCAUGGGCGGUGAGCGUUUCUUUAACAUUAAGUGCCGCACUAGUGGUCUUAGACCCGAUGCCGUUGUCAUUGUGGCCACAGUUCGUGCUCUUAAGCUCCAUGGUGGUGGUCCUGACGUCAAGCCUGGUGCCUCUCUUCCUGAAGAGUACCGCACUGAAAACAUUGAGCUUGUUAGAAACGGUGCUCGUUCGAACUUGCGCAAGCAGAUUGAAAACGCAAAGUCUUAUGGCAGCCCUGUAGUUGUCGCUAUCAACCGGUUUGUGACUGAUACUGAUGCUGAGCUUGAAGUCAUUCGAGAGGCUGCUCUUGAAGCUGGUGCCUUUGAUGCUGUUCCUACUAACCACUGGGAACAGGGUGGUCUUGGUGCCAUUGAUCUUGCUCAGGCAGUUAUUAAGGCUACCGAUGCUCCCAAGACCACUGAGAAGAUUAACCUUCUCUACUCUACCGAAGGCACUUCUCCUGAAGAGAAGCUCAAUAUCAUUGCCCAGAAAAUGUAUGGUGCUGCUGGUGUCGAGCUCAGUGAAGUCGCUAAGAAGAAGGUCGAGACAUAUACUAAACAGGGCUUUGGAAACUUGCCUAUUUGCAUUGCUAAGACUCAGUACUCUCUGUCACACGAUCCCGCUCUUAAGGGCGCCCCAACUGGUUUCACUGUUCCCAUUCGUGAUCUCCGUGCAUCAGUUGGUGGUGGUUAUCUCUAUGCUCUUGCUGCUGAAAUUAUGACCAUUCCUGGUCUCCCCACCCACGCUGGUUUCAUGAAUGUCGAGGUCAAUGAGGAUGGUGAAAUUGAAGGAUUAUUUUAA